GCGAUUAUGUCCAUCAGAGUAACAUUGACACACCGAAUGAAAAAUUGAAUACACCUCUUUGCGAAACCCAUACAAACAGUCCUUGCCCAUCUUUUGAAACAUUCUGCGGCUCUUCCGACCCUUGUUCCUAUACGACGAACGACAAUGAUCAUUUUCAACAUUUUGAUCGACAAGUUAAUUUGCAAGCCCAAGCUCAUACUCAACAUUUCCGACCUUCUGCCUCCUUCCCUCUUCCCCGUAUCGAUGGUACGACGGUUAUAAAUCCUAUGGACUAUGGAAGUACUGGAUAUCAAAGCAAUUGCCCAGUUCCUUGUAUCCAUCCAGAUAACCUUAACAUAAUGAAUGGGCAUUUAAACCGACCAAUUCACAAUCAAGUCGGUACCCAAACAAAUAGUAUUUAUCGCUCCGCCACCCAUCAUUCCGACAUGGCGAACAACGAUCCAACGGAUAAUCAUGUCAGCAAUCGAUCUGUUUCAUACACUAUUACGCCAUUAUCCACGCAAACGUCACUUUCAUUUAGCAGCUCUAACGCAAUAGUCGGAUCCAGAUAUCUUGUUACGAAAGUAGAGAAAACUCAAUCGGUG